AUGCUUGUAGUACAGCUUUCUUUAAAAAUUCAUUCACAAAAUCUUACUUACAAUUAUGUCCCCACCCUAAUGCCAAAAGCACUAGGAAUUACAAACAACAGUUUCCAAGUUGGCUUUAUACUUCUGGGCUUCUCUGAAUGGCCCCAUCUAGAAAUGAUUCUCUUCUGGAUUGUGAUCAUCUUGUACACCAUGAUCAUCCUCUCCAACUCAACCAUUAUCUUGCUCUCUUAUGUGGACCCUCAUCUCUACACCCCCAUGUACUUCUUUCUUAGCAAUCUUUCUUUCUUGGAUCUCUGCUUCACUACAACUGCUGUGCCCCAGAUGUUGUACAAUUUGUGGGGGCCAGACAAGAGCAUCACCUACACAGGCUGUGUCAUCCAACUCUCUGUGUUGCUCUGUCUUGGUGCCACAGAAGGUGUCAUGUUGGUGGUGAUGGCAUUUGACCGCUAUGUAGCUAUUUGUCAGCCCCUGCACUAUACAAUCAUCAUGCAUCAUCAGUUCUGUUGGAAGCUGGUGCUCAUAGCCUGGAUGUCUGGAUUGAUGGAAUCUGUGACCCAAUCCCCCAUCACAUUCCAACUUCCUUUAUACACCCACCACCAUUUGGAUGAUUUUAUUUGUGAAGUUCCUGCUUUCAUACGCCUGGCAUGUGGAAAUACCUCUGCCAUUGAAUGGCAAAUGACCAUCUCUGCUGACCUUUUCACCAUUGUGCCAAUGGGGUUAAUCCUGACUUCUUAUGGCUACAUAGCUCAAGCCUUAGGUAAAAUCCAAUCCAAGGAUGGAAGGCAGAAGGCCAUUGCCACCUGUUCUUCUCAUCUCACUGUGGUCCUCAUGUUUUAUGGGACAGUGGCCAUGGUUUAUACAGACCCUAAGAAUGACUUUGCUUCAAAUUAUGGCAAGUUAUUCACUUUCUUCUACACUUUAGUCACACCAUUGUUGAACCCUCUCAUCUAUACCCUAAGGAACAAAGAAGUGAAGGAUGCUCUGCAAAGACUCCUGAAGAAGUGGAUGUGUAAAUGGAAAAAGUAGAAAUUGAUCUUUUGAACAAAAAAAAAGUUGAAAAUCAUGAUGUUCACAUGCUCUCCAUUAGAGAUGCUUUGAAUCAUUAUUUUACAAAAGAGUAAUUUUAAUAUGAAGGCAGUAAUUUGUGACUUAUCCUUUAUUCCUAUGAUUUUAUGUAUCAUUUUGUUUUAAAAAAAAAUCUGUACAGAAACAAUGCCAGCUUUUUACAUAUAAUAAGUAACUCAGAAUAUCUUUGCCUAGAAAGAGACACUAUUCUCAGAGUUAACAUUUAAAGCAACAUAAGCACCAUGAACUAGACAGCUUUAGAAAUAUAAUAAAUCAUCUGUUAUAUGUUUUUAGGAGU